CUUUGGGGCGCUGCAGCAGCAGCAGCAGGGCGGCUGCUGCGGCGGGCCGCCCUCGUGCGGACCUCCUGCGGGGAGCUACAACCCGUCGGGGGAGCUGCUGGCGAUGAUCAAGCAGGGGCAGGGGCUCGGCCUGCCGCCCGCAAACAAGGGCGCCGCCGGGCUGGGCAUGCCCGGCGCUCCCGGCCUCGGACACCUCUCCUCGGGCAUGGCAGGGCCGGGCAUCGGCCUCGGCAUGGGUCCGCCGCCAGAGCUCGCGAGCGCGAUGGGGGGCACCGGCUUCGACAUGUCCGACUUCCCCUCGCUCGGCGGCCGCCCCGCCGCCGCCAACCCCGCGCUGCAGCAGUUCCGCGCCGCGCCGCCGCCCGCGCAGUCCGAGUUUCGUGCCGUCGAAGAGGACUUCCCCGCGCUGGGUGGCGCGCCUGCCAAGCGGCCCGCCGCGGUGGGGAGCGGCGGCGCCGACUUCCCCCCGCUCGGCGGCGGGAUGGGGGACGAGGCCGCGCAGAGCCACGCGCUCGCGCGAGACUUUGGCGCGCCUCCGGGCGGAGAGCCGGCGAGCAGCGCGGGCAGCGCGACGGACCGGUUUGGGCUGAUGGGCAUCCUGUCGGCGAUCCGGAUGACGGAGCCAGACCUCAACACGCUCGCACUCGGCACCGACCUCACCUCUCUCGGCCUCAACCUCAACUCUGCCGACUCGCUCUACGCCACCGCGCGCCCGAGGGCAAACCUGCAAGAAGAAGCGCCCGCGCAGCGCGAGCCGGAGUUUACGCUGCCGCAGUGCUACUACAUGCAGCCUCCGGCGCUGAAGACGGGCCACCCCUGCCUCGAAAGUCCCGGCUCGAGAGGGCGCGAGAUUGCGCGAGAUUACGCGAGGGCGUACGCUGCGACCGAGCUGUACAACCGCGACUGGAGGCACCCCCCCCCCAAGGGCGAAUCAAGACAUAGAGACACGCCGCCGGCCCGAAGGCAGGACGGCGCGGUCGCAAUUCUGUACCACAAGGACCUCACGCUCUGGUUCACGCGCGCCAGCCGGCAGGAGGGGGGCGGCGAGGCCGGCCAGAAGGGGCAGUACCUCGGUUUUGACAUCCACGAGUGGCGCAAGAACAAGAAAUACCGACUCCGGCGAGGCUGUGCACAUUUGAGUUAA